UAAAAUUAAAUAAUCCGACUCCAACACCGAAUACUCGAAUUUGAGCUCGGUCAGAAUUCUCGAGUUCGAGCUCGGUCAAAAUGCUCGAGUUCGAACUCGUACAUGAAUCACACUCUGACGAGCCGAGUUCGAACACAAAGUGAAGGCUAGUGUCGAGCUCGAGGCAGGCAAAAAAAAAUUCGAACCGAGAACAAGAGUCCUCUCUAUCUCUCGAACACACUUAUAAAGUCACAGAGCACAGAGCCCACAGCAAAGGCCAAAAGCUUUCCAGUCAUCGUAUCAAAUUAUCAAUGGCGGAGAAGAGCUUCAAGCACGUGAUCGUCGGUGGCGGUGCCUCAGCCGGACAUGCAGCUAGGGAACUUGCCAAACAUGUCCUUAAAUCACGCGAGCCGGCGAUCAUUUGCAAAGAGGCGGUGGCUCCUUAUGAACGUCCAGCACUAAGCAAGGCUUACCUUUUCCCUGAGUCUCCUGGUUUUUUCGUCCUGGUUUUCUCGUCCUGCUAUUCUCGUCUACGUUCCUGCUUAAAUGGCUUCGCUUACUCCAAUAUCCGAAGCUCACGUUUCCAGAAUCUUGAAACUCCAAAAGCACUGGUCACCACGCAUGUCUUCCACUCCAGAUCAAGACUCAGAAACCCAUUCCUGUCCCUGCAGCUUCCUGCGGCCCUUGCAGUCUCAGCUGGAGCACUUGCCCUUCAAUCCCAACCAAACCUUGCAUUCUGUUCAGAUAUUGAAACUAAUGCUAGAUCCGAGUUUGAGGGUGAGGGAUUGGACCAGGACAUUGGAAAAGACCUUAAUAAUGAUCUGGAGGAUAUAGUACUCAAACUUGAUUCGCUUGAAGAGUAUGAGAAUGAGGAUUCUUUUGAAAUUAGUCCUGGUUCUACUGUUGAAACAAAUAUUGAGCUGGUUCAAGAUACUGUGGCUACUUUUACUAAUGAGGAUCCAAAUGAAGGAUACGCGCAAAAGAAUGUGCAUGAGAGAAAGCCGAGGAGGAAGACCUCUACUGUGUGGAAUCAUUUUUCAGAAGUUGAGGUGGGAGGUGUAAAAAUGAAUCAAUGCAAACGUUGUAGUAAGAAUUUCACCAAAUCAAAAUCAAGCUCUACAACUGCUUUGAGUAGACACUUGGAGACGUGUUUGGAAUACAUCAGCUCAAAAAAGAAGCAUAAGGUUUUGUCGGUUUAUGGUAAUGAGUUUGGUGGUGUGAGCACCAUAUUAAAAAAAUUUCAGUUUGAUGAAAGUACAGUGAGAAAACUUUUAUCUCACAUGAUCCUCUAUCAUGAGUAUCCUCUUAGAAUUGUGGAGGAUGUACUGUUUAAUAAGUUUAUGAAGGCUUGCACACCGCAUUGGCAAGAAAUUUCUCGGGCUAAUGCUAAGAGUCUUUGCUUUGCCACCUACGAAUUAGAAAAGAAGAAUUUGGAAGCUUUAUUGAAUUCGGUUCCCAAAGUUUACAUCACAAUUGACAUGUGGACUUCUUGUCAAAAAGAUUCGUAUAUGGUUGUGACAUGUCAUUUCAUAGAUUCUGAAUGGCAUUUAAAUAGGCGUGUGUUAAACUUUUACAAUAUUCCAACUCCACACUCCGGACUUCUUAUUGUUGAUGCCCUUCAUAAAUGUUUUAAAGAUUGGGAUAUAGAGAAUAAAAUUCAUUCAAUCACCGUGGACAAUGCAGAGGCAAACGAUGUAGCAUUGAUGCACUUUAGUGCUUGUGGGUGGAGUAUUCUUCAUGUGCGCUGUUGUGCGCACAUAACUAAUUUGAUGGUUCAGGAUGGUCUUGGUGAGAUUGGAGAGAUUGUUGAUUGUGUGAGGGACGGCAUUAAAUACUUGGUAAAAUCGAAGGGAAGGUUAAUGCAAUUUAGUAAAAUUGCAAAUGACUUGCAAUUGUCUUCAAAUAAGCUGUUUUUGGAUAUACCUACUCUUUGGAAUAGCACAUAUUUGAUGUUAGCAGCUGCUUAUGAGUUUAGGGUGGUAUUUUCCUAUUAUGGAUACAAAGAUCAACAAUUUACUUGGGUGCCAUCGGAUGAGGAUUGGGCUAAAGUUGAAUCUGUGUGUGAACUUUUGGGGAUCUUCAACCAAGUAACCAAGAUUAUAUCUGAGAGUGAUUAUCCAACAGCAAAUUUAUUCCUUCCUGAAUUUUGGCGAAUGAAAGAAGUCCUAACCCAGAAAUGUGAUGAUCAAAAUUAUUACAUGCAAUCCAUGGUACAAAAAAUGAAAGCCAAGUUUGAUAAAUAUUGGGAUGAGUGCAAUUUGUUGAUGACAAUUGCUGCAAUUUUGGACCCAAGGUUUAAGAUGGUGUUUAUACAAUUUUGCUUUUCUAAAAUCUAUAAAGAGGCUGAAACUAUGAAGAAUAUUGAAAAUGUCCAAAUUUUUUUGAAUCAGAUGUAUGAUGCAUAUGUUGAGGAACAAAAUCUUGUAAGCAAUGCUCAAGAAUGCUCUUCAAGUAAUUGUCCAUUCAGCGCAGUUGAUCAGGGUGGUGGUCUGCAAAUUUAUAUGUCAUUCAUCAGAAGUUUUGAAACGGUGCAUCAACCUGUUAAAUCAGAAUUAGAAAUAUAUCUUGAGGAGGGUAUAUAUAAACUUGAUAAGAGUUUCGAAUUUUUUAGUGCCUUGGACUGAUGGAAAGCAAAUACCCUUAAGUAUCGUAUUUUGUCUAAAUUUGCCAAAUGUAUUUUGUCAACACCGUUUACUACUGUAACUUCGGAGUUUACUUUUAGUGCUGGAAGAAGGGUUAUAGAUCCCUACAGGGCUUCAUUAUCAACUGAGACAGUUCAAAAGUUGUUAUGUGGGGCAGAUUGGGUUAGAUCAAUGCAUGAGCUUCAAAAGAAGUCUGCGGAGGAUCAUGAUGAGAUUGAGAUAACUUUGCCAGCACCAGAAGCAAAUUAAUUGUUAGUGUUAUUAUUAUUUUUUAUUUUUUAAGUGUUGAAGAUCUUGUUAAAUAUAAUUAUAUAUUUUGGUUUGAGGACAAUGUUGGACAAUGUUAUUUUGUUGAAGAUCUUGUACAAUAUUAUUUUGUUGGAGGCAUGAAGAC